AUGAAAAGCCAUUCGAUUUCUCGGAAUUUGGUCGAACGACUUGCGAAACGUCAGUACGGAUCGCCGCAUACUUCCAGCUUCACCAGAGCCGAAAAAUGCUACGUCAAUAACCAGCUUUUCCCUGUUUUGAAGACACGGGUGGACCGAAACCGCUCGAAAGUGUUUUGUUCACAGUACAUAAACGAUGGCGACAUGUUAAUAAGCGCUUGUCAGGAUGGGCGAAUCAUACUUUAUAAAUGUCGAAAUUUCGGAUAUCGACGGUUUCGUGUGGAGCAGGCGCUGGACGUCGGAUGGAGCGUGUUGGAUGUUGCUGUCAAACCUUUGGCUGCUAUAGUGCACCAGUUCCGAAUAGAUGUCAACGAUGGGCACCAGCAGGCUUUCCGACUGCACCCCCGCGAGUACCACUUCUGCAUCUUCUCUAUGCGGUUCAACCAUUCAGGCAACGAAAUCCUCGCCGGUGGCAGCGACCGAUGUCUUUACAUUUACGACCUGGCACGUAACUAUCAAGCCUUGCAGGUAGUAGCUCACCGCGAUGACGUUAACAGCGUCGCUUACGCAGACAUGUCAUCGCAGAUAUUUUACACGGGUAGCGAUGAUGGACUGUGUAAGGUACGGUCGAUCAAAGUGCUGUUGCAAAUAUCGGUGUAUUUAUGA